AUGUCUGCUGUUCGUCCUGUCGCAGUCUAUGCCUUGAAGGUUCCCACCGGGGGAGUCUUGAUCCCUGCUGUUCCCCAGGCCGCGGCCUCGUUCCGUGUGAGCAUGGCUGCCAUUGAUCCCGACGAGACUCCCGAGCUCGAGGAUGGAAUCGACCCCAGCAGACCGCGUGCUACUCUUAAGAUUAUCCGCCCUCCUCCUGGAAUGGACAUUGAAGAGUCGGAUGAGGAGGACGACUGGGAAGAUGAUGAUGAAGACUCUGAUGAGGAGUCCAACGGCGGCCCCAGCGACAAGGAGAAGGCUCGCAAGCUCAAGGAAGCUGCUGCUCUGAAGGAGAUGGAAGAGGACGAGGACGAUGAUGACGAGGACGACGAUGAUGAGGAAUUCGACCUCAAGGCCGCCAUCUCCAAGCUUGUCAAGGGCAAGGCCCCCGCUACUGACGACGACGAUGAGGAGGGUGAGGACGACGAGAGUUUGGACGUCGAUGAGGCGGUCAUUUGCACCUUGGACCCUGAGAAGCACUACCAGCAAGCUCUUGAUAUUACUGUCGCCGAGGGCGAGCCCAUCUUCUUCAAGGUCACCGGUACUCACAGUGUCUACUUGACCGGUAACUAUGUCAUGCCUGCUGAGGACGGCCACGACCACGACCACAGCGACGAAGAGGAAGAGGACGACUAUGACCUCUCCCCCGAUGAGGACGAGUUGGACAUGGACGACGUCAUGGACGAGGAUGAGGAGGACGACAAGCUCGACGGCUUGGAGAACCCCCGAGUCACCGAGGUCGAGAGCGAGGAGGAGGAAGCCCCCAAGCUCGUUGAGGCCAAGGGUCAGAAGAAGGCUGACAAGGGCAAGAAGCGCGCUGCCGAAGAGGAGAGCCUGGAAGACCUAAUGGCCAAGGACAAGAAGGCCCAGCCUGAAGAGGGUCUGAGCAAGAAGCAGCAGAAGAAGCUCAAGAAGAACAGCGGUGAGGCUGCUGAAGUUGAGCAGAAGAAGGAAGCCAAGGACGCCAAGGAGGGCAAGGAAGGCAAGAAGGUCCAGUUCGCCAAGAACCUCGAGCAGGGCCCUACUCCUUCGUCGCAGGACAAGAAGUCCGAGACCACCGGUACCCUUGGCGUCAAGAACGUCAAUGGUGUCACCAUUGACGACAAGAAGCUCGGAAAGGGCCCUGCUGCAAAGUCCGGCAACACUGUCGCCAUGAGAUACAUUGGCAAGCUCGAGGACGGCAAGGUCUUUGACUCCAACAAGAAGGGCAAGCCUUUCAGCUUCAAGCUUGGUAAGGGCGAAGUCAUCAAGGGCUGGGACAUCGGUGUUGCUGGCAUGGCUGUCGGUGCUGAGCGUCGCAUCUCGAUCCCUCCUCAUCUCGCCUACGGGAAGAAGGCUCUUCCCGGCAUCCCGGGUAACUCGAAGUUGAUCUUCGACGUCAAACUCCUUGAGAUCAAAUAG